AUUUUUGUCUGUUAUACUCAUGCGUUAACCAUCAUUGUUCUCACCAUAAAAAUAAGCAAGAUUUGAAAAGUCAAGCAAUCCAACUGGAUUUACAACAUUUUAAACUACCACUCAAAUGAAUUCUAAAUAACUGGCUGAUUUUAGAAAAGAUCUUCGUACCAAUGUAUCAUCCAGAGAACCUUUUAGUUCACAAUCAGAAAGAUCCUCUACUUUAUUUGCUUCCUGGAGCAAAGCAGAAAGAAUUGUUCUGUAUUUUAUCAUCCUUAACCAAUUAGGGAAGAAUAAAAAGUCAGCAGAAAGUCACCUAAGAAGUCCAAACUUCUCGGUGGAUUAAAUUAUGAUGAAAUCUUUACUAAUAGAGCACCUUAGUCGAAAACCAAAAAUAAUAAUAAAAUAGACUCCUUGUUUAAAAGAUCCCCUCAAAAGGAUUACUAUGACAAUUCCUUUACUUCAUUCCCAAAACCAGCGCGAUAAAAUAUUACUUUGGGAUCAAGUUAUAAGGACUCACCCUAAAAAUCCAAGGAGAAACUAGACAGAUUUAAGAAUUUCGAUAAUAGACUGGAAGUCUAAUUGAAACUCUAAAACCAAUCUAUUUCUAAUAGAGUCUCUCCAUAAGGCGACAAACCUUUGUUUUACAGAUAUAUAAAUGAGGUUUCAAAAGGACUUUUCGAUAAAAGCUCUCCUAAUAUAUAGCUAAAUCAAAUUCCAAAGAAGAACUUGUUUGAUCACAAAAAACAAACCUUCUCCUUCAAUGAUAAUGCUUUCAAUGUUUAAAAAUCGAAUUCUUUUUAAAGAAAUCACUCACCGGAACUUUCAAACAGAUUCAUCGAAAAGAUUGCUUUAACAGACAUUGUAAGAAUGACAUCUCAUUUUCAAUCCUUGUCAACUUAAGAAAUAGGAUAAAUUCCUAGAGGGUAUUAAUAGAAAUUGAUUUUAGUUAUAUAUCAGAGCUAAGUAAUUUAGCUGAUAUUUUAGUGCGAAUAGUCAAGCGAUCAAAUAAAACUAGUUGAGA